CUCAAGAACCGAAUAAGUUUAAAAUACAUAACCGAAAACCGAACUGAAUAACCUAAUUCAUCCGAUUCUGGUUCAAAUUCGGAGAUUCGGUACAAACACUCAUCCAUAAAAUUGUUCUUCCUUAUAAACGAAAAUGCCUAUAAUUUGCUAAUGAAUUGCAAAUUGCCAAAUUGUAUAUUGAUGAAUAGUCAAGGGGCGAAAAUUGUACUUUACUCAACGAUUCCACCAUAUAUGGCUUCUGGUGUCCUCAGUUCUGGGAAGUACGAAGUACCAAAUACUUCAUCUUGCUCCGUCAAUCGUCAUGGACUUUGGCCGGUUAACCGUCACAUUCCUCCUCCUCUCAUUCGCUACUAGUUCCUUAUCGGAACGUUUAAUUCGUAUGUCAACGGAAGAUCGAGGAGCAUCAUCAGUCCAUUCUGGUGUCCCCAGUUCUCGUAGAAAUCAGGAUUUGUUAUGUGAAAGCUGGAAGUUCUCCGUUGAAACCAAUGAUGCCGGAGUCUGGUACACUGUGCCCGAAAAGUGCGUGAGCUUCGUCAACAACUACUUGAAUGGUGAACGAUAUCGGUAUGAUUCGGAAGUCAUUGCCGAUUACGCUAUAGAGUACGCGAAGACGGUGAACAUCGCCGGCGAUGGGAAAGACGCUUGGAUCUUUGAUGUUGAUGAGACUUUGCUCUCGAAUCUGCCUUGGUAUGCGACUCACGGAUUCGGAUCGGAGGUCUUUGAUGAGGAUUCUUUCAAUGAGUGGGUAGAUUUAGCAGAGGCUCCUGCCUUACCAGCAAGUUUAAGGUUGUACAAUGAACUUCAACAGUUAGGGUUUAAGAUUUUCUUGUUAACAGGCAGAACUGAAUCCCAAAGGAAAUCUACAGAUAAGAAUCUUCUCGAUGCUGAAUACACCAACUAUGAAAGCCUUAUCUUAAGGGCAAGUUCAGAUGAAGGUAAACCGGCUACUUUGUAUAAAUCUGAGAAGAGACAGGAACUUAUGGAUGGAGGUUAUAGGAUACAUGGAAGCUCGGGAGAUCAAUGGAGUGAUUUGUUGGGUUUUGCAGUAGGAACAAGAUCCUUUAAACUUCCAAAUCCUAUGUAUUACAUCUCAUGAUUUUAUAAAAUAAUAUAAACGCUCCAAAAUUUCAUGUUUGUAUAACUUCCAAUUCAUGUAUUUGCUUUUAUGUUUGUGUGACUGUAAGUUUUCAUUGGGUUUUGUAUGGAUAAAUGUUGCUUUUAUGUUUGUGUAACUGUAAGUUUUCGAUGAGCCGGUUGCUUCUUUGGCUUGAUUUUUAUUAUUUUUAUUUUUUCUGUUUGCCACAACUAGAAUCAAUUUGAAAUGGAAUUGGGGAGAGAA